AGUUGGACACGUAAAGAAUGAAUUUGGCUUUCCUCUGCAGUAGUUGAGUUGUUCAUUUUUCUUAACAAAACUGUAAAUAACAGUCAAGUGUUUGCUUUAGAAUGGAGGACAAUAGGGGAGAUUUUUACUCCUGGAUUUACUGUCUGGCUUUGGCCUUCUUUCAAGUAAUUGAGGAAGAAAGGGCAACAUGUGAAAGCCGGCCUGCGUGCGUGCGUGCGUGUGUGCCUGCUUGCGCUUUUAUUUUUGACCCUGUGGUGACCAGAGGUAGAGAUGUACGUUAUGUGCUGCAUUCCACGCAGGGUGUGACAGCCUGGGGUGGUGGGCUUUCGUGGCUGUCUCAUGGACUGUUUAGGGGAGGGAUGACGGUGUCUCCUAGCUGUGUAAUGCGUCCUUGGAACCCAGGGCAGAGGUCAUAGCAAUGGCACUGAGGUCACUUAGUUAUGAGGGAGCAAUUGCUGGGGCUCUGGCGAAUGUUCCCCCAGCACCACGCCGCUCUGCUCCACAAGCUCACCUGGCCAGGUCUGGUGUCCAGUCCUUGGCCUGGGUGGCACCCCUGCUUGGACUCCCUCAAGGUGACAGUGCGUUAGGCCAGCAGUGAGCACUUGCUGGCAUCUGGGCUUGCUUACGGUGAUGCUUUUAUCUUAUUGCUGAGAUCCCUCAAGUCUACACUGGGAAUAUCUGGUUGUGGUUUUCGUGACUUCGGACUUGCAUGAAGACUUUUAUUGAACAGGCUUCUCGGUCUCCCCCCACGUUACUUUAGAGCUUGAGGGACCUGUGGACUCUUUGCUCUGGGGGACUUAUGAAGUAAUCCUUUCUGAGCUCUUUGUUCUCGGGGGAGGCCCAGAGCCUCCCGAGGGACAUAGCCAGCCUGGCUGGAGUCCCCCGCAGGAUCACCCUGGGGAGAAGUGGCCGCGUUGUCAUCUACGGUGCUGUUAGAAAUUCUCGCAUGGGAAUUUGUGUAAAAAUGUAGUUUAAAAUAUGCUUUUUAGCCUUUACUUAAAACAGAAACAUGAAGUUCUAUAAGAAACUGAGUUUCCUGUGUGUGAUUUUAUGGGAAGCAGACUGUCCUCUCCCGUCGUGUUCUACUCUGCAACUUACCUGUGAAAUCCAGGUCAGGGGCUUCCAUUCCUAUGAGGUCCUCAGUAUUCACUGUUGUUUCAUGUCUUCGGUCUGUCAUUUUCACCUUGCUGGUAAUGCUCAGGCCUUUCCAUUUCCCGGAUGUUCAGAAAGAAAUGCUAGGUGUCAUGUGUCUGUGGAUCGAGACAGCUGACGCUAGCUAAGAACACUUCAGCCUGCUGUUUGCAGAGCACGUGGCAAAUGCUGCCCUGUGUAACGGACCACAUUGGCUGUCUUGAGGCUGUGCUGCAUCGCUGGUGCCAAACAUUGCAACAUCGUGCAAAACAAGUGUGCCAGUGACCCUGGGCAUCUUGACUCGCGUGCCAUGAAGGCUGCUGAGUGCGAGAGUGGACAUGCUGGGUGCCCAGGGGUGAGGAGAGCUCUGGAUGGGGCUGCAUGUUGGGAAGCUCGGCCAUGAGGCUGCCGAGGGGGUCUCCCCACUCUGUGAGAUUCUGUCUUCUUUGUAAACUAGAACUGACACCCUUGACCUGCAGAAGAAACUCUGAACCAGACAGUCUGUCCCAUGCCUGUGUGGCUGUUUUAAAAUGUUGGCAAACAGCAUUGGCACCUGUUGGAGAUGAUGGUGGGGUUGGUUUGCAGGGCGACCUGAUCAGGAUUCAUCCUCUCUCACUGGCUGAUUGAGUAAAGUGUAGUGGGGAAUGCCAGUGACUGUCCCCUUUGCCCUGAGGCCCCAAGGGCUGCCUAGCGGCCCUGCCCAGGCUCAGCUUCCUGGUGAGAGGCAGCUGGCAAGGAGUGAAGGUGCAGGUCUGACCCCAGUGGUGCCAGUGGGCACCUUCCUUGGGGACCUUCCCAUAGGCUCAGGCCGCAGCUCUUGUCGAGAGUUCUCAAACAAGGCUUGGGCACCGGGGGGCCUGGAGCAGGCACUGGUUUAUUCUUUCUCUACUUUUAUAGGAGAUGCACCCCUGCCCCAGGGGAGGAGAGCCUGGUCCUGGUUAGGAGUACCAGUGGCAAGCCCCUUCCUUGGGGGUCUUCCACAUUGGGGCUGGGGUGUCUGGUGGUGGAAUUGGGGAUGCGUAGGCCCAGGAGCCACCACACUUGAUUUUGAAUGCCAGAGAAGAAGCGAGAUGGGGCAGAGGGCAGGCAGACCACUGCUUUAGGCAGACCUGGGACGUUUGGUGGCGCUGGACCCCAAGGCUCCCAUGCUGCCUCAUGUCCGCCUUUCUGAAGGGUCUCCCGUUUCUGGGAGCUGCCCUGGGGACUCUGCAGCCAGUCCUCCUUGCUGCUUAUGCAGGUGCAGGUUUGGCCUCCAUCCUGGGCAACCCCCAGAGCCUGAACUUCUACUGAAUUCAGAUGACAGAUGUGAACCUGAAGGAGGCAGGAGUGGAAGGGAAGGGCGUGUCUGCAGUCUGCGCACAUUGAUAUGCAGACACUGCCCCGGGAGAGGGAACUGGGACGUCCUGGUCAGCAGGGAGAGAAGGGGGAGUUGAGGCCCGUGGGAAGCCCGGGAGAGGGAGCUGGCCGGGAAGGGCUGGACCUGCUGUCCCGGCAGGGUUUGCUGUUCUGUCGCAUCCGCCAUCCCUGUUAGGACUGUGGGGCUGGAUCCGUCUUCCCACUCUGUGGUUCAGUCACAAGUUUGCGGUUGAUCCUAACGCUCAAACCAGCGCUCCAUGCCCUCCAGGCCUGCACACCUCUGUGGAGACCCUGCUUGUGAGGGGCAGAGGGUCAGUUUAUUCGGGGGCUUUCUUGUCUCAGUCUGACUGCCCCUCGACGGAAAGCUCCAUGAGAGCAGGGCCAGCACGUAGUCGGUGCACGGUAAUGUUCGAGUGGUUUCGAGUGAAACUGCAAGUACGUGAAAAGCUCUGCCAGGGUCAGCCAGCUGUGGGCGUCCGCCGAACGUCGAAAGGCAUUUCUCAGCCUGUGGCUGCACGCUGGGGUAAUCUUCAGGUGUCAGGUCACAGAGGUGCCAUUAAAGCAUUUCGUCUAGGGGCUUUUUUAGGGAAAAGUGUGUUUUUCAGUGGCCCUGCUUUGCCUACGGCGACCCUGGCCUGGCCUCCGCUGCUGGAGCAUAUCGACUCUUCUUGGCUGCUCGCCUUGCCCUGGCCGUAACCAGAUCGACAAAGUAAGCAAAGGGCAGCACGACUGUCCACAGCAAGGACCCCAGAUUAGGAAAAUGGCCAUAUAUUUACAGAACAUUUUCCGGAAGCCCCUCACCUGUUAGCUGGGGACAUGGCCGUCACCGCAGAGGGCGCCCUGACAUCUUCCACAGCCAUCCUGCUCUCUGAACCUCUUGCUCACAGGCGUGUUUUCCGUCUGCUCCGUGGUGUUGGGGUCUAGCUCCUAGCUAUGCUUUGGGGGCCUCUGUUGCUCAUCCCCUUUGGUGACCCUUUGCCCUCUAGGGGGCAGAGGGCCAGCCCUGCCUAUGAGGGGCUGGCUGCCUGUGCUGUUUCCUCUGCCUGAAGUUCUGGCCCGCUCUGCCUGUGGGCCUCAAGGUCCUGCCAUUCCUCAGCCAGGCCUUCCCGCAGCCCCAGCCUGAGGUUCCCCAGGGGACACUGCCCUCUCUUACAGCCAAACUGUGCCAUGGCGUGUGGAAGGUUGCACUUGAAAUAGCUCUUCCCCAACAAGCACACACGGUCUCUGGUGUAGUGAGGAGGCGAAAUCCAAAAUCAUUACACACAGUGUUGUCCUUCCGACUGUGCGGAGGCCUCGACCAGCCUGGGGGAGAUGAGAAACACGAGGAGCCCUGGGGCUUCCCCCCACGACUGGGACCUGCCAGCCCCCAGCCCCUGCUCCUCGGGUUUUCUCCCAAUCAAGUCAGCCUUGCUGCUCCUGUGCGUUAAUAAGAAAGUUUUCAGUUCUCACUUCCCCGUGGGCGUAGGGGUUCACCUGGCGGCAGAGCGAUGGCCCUGGACCCCUCAGCCGACGACACUUUGCUGGCUGCGUGGUAUGAUUUCUGCCCUGCAGGGAGCCCUUAGCAGCCUUGCUGUCAGAUGAGCGCCUCCCCCGUGGAGGCUGAUUCUUCGUGACCGAACUCACGGGCUGCUCCAGGCGACUCUGGAGAAACUCCGUGUCCCUGGCACCCUUGUGCCAGAUGCUGGCCACCAGGCCUGCCCUGGCCACCCUCCCCCGUGCUCUGGUGGGUUGAGAUGGCAGAUGGCAGCCCUGGAGGGGCGCAUUCUCUAGAUGGGCUCCUCGCUUCCACGCUGGACAUUGCGACACUGAGAGCUUGAAGUGUGCGGUGGCAUUGACAGUAAUCCUCACAACCUCCCAAGUAAGCCGAGGGGAGGGUGGAACAUUUGCUUCUAGAUAAGGCUCCAGAGCUUCUAGAACAUUCGCUCCAAUGUUCUCCCUCCGUGUGCCAUGAAGUCCUGCUUCUGCCCUGGGUUGGUCCCACCCGUCUCCUCGCUGGCAGGGGCUCCUGGCCUUUUCUCACUCGAUCUCCAUGGUCCACUGUGCAGCCACCUUCCUGUACAUCUUCGAGGCUGAGGCCUCUUUCCAGGUGCAGGAAAAUUAAGUUCAGGCCACAGAUGACUUCUACUUUGCCCACUUUGAAUGUGGAAGAGAGGAAGAAGUUAGGAACGGACCUCAGUCCAAAUCAAAGCCUCCGAGCAGGCGUGGUCUCGCUUCUGGCUCCGAGGGCGUCAGCUGGGAGUGCUGAGUUUAGCUUGGAAUGGUGCAGCUUCCGCACUAAUACAGAUUUGGUGAACUCUCGUGAGCCCGAGUAUAAACAGCCUUCUGGGGCGUUCUCUGGACAUCUUGAGCCGAAAGUCUUGUGGCGACCCCGCGUAUCAUCUGCUUGUUAUGUAAUGUGACAACAUGGGUAUGAAAUAGAAACCAGAUGUCGGGGCGGAGCGAGGCAUUCUUCAUCAGCGAGCGCCGGGAGGGCGCGACGUGAGCGCUCUCCUCUGUUGCGGGCUGAGCCCCGGCAGGACCGGCUUCCGAGGGGCUCCUGGGAUCUCAGCAAAAGCCUUGGCUGAAGAUGGACUUUCUGGCCGAGACCAGCCAGUGGAGCUGCUGAACCCUGCCCGCGUGAACCACAUGCCCAGCACAGUGGACGUGGCCGCGGCGCUGCCUUUGCAAGUCGCCCCCCCGGCGGUGCCCAUGGACCUGCGCCUGGACCACCAGUUCUCGCUGCCCGUGACGGAGCCCACCCUGCGGGAGCAGCAGCUGCAGCAGGAGCUCCUGGCCCUCAAGCAGAAGCAGCAGCUCCAGAGGCAGAUCCUCAUCGCCGAGUUCCAGAGGCAGCACGAGCAGCUCUCGCGGCAGCACGAGGCCCAGCUGCACGAGCACAUCAAACAACAGCAGGAGCUGCUGGCCAUGAAGCACCAGCAGGAGCUGCUAGAGCAUCAGCGGAAGCUGGAGAGACACCGCCAGGAGCAGGAGCUGGAGAAGCAGCACCGCGAGCAGAAGCUGCAGCAGCUCAAGAACAAGGAGAAAGGCAAAGAGAGUGCCGUGGCCAGCACGGAAGUGAAGAUGAAGUUACAAGAGUUUGUCCUCAACAAGAAGAAGGCGCUGGCCCACCGCAACCUGAACCACUGCAUUUCCAGCGACCCCCGCUACUGGUACGGGAAAACGCAGCACAGUUCCCUUGACCAGAGCUCCCCGCCCCAGAGUGGGGUGUCGGCCUCCUACAACCACCCGGUCCUGGGAAUGUAUGACGCCAAAGACGACUUCCCUCUCAGAAAAACAGCUUCUGAACCCAAUCUGAAGUUACGGUCUAGGCUAAAGCAGAAAGUGGCCGAGAGACGGAGCAGCCCCCUGUUACGCAGGAAAGACGGGCCAGUGGUUACUGCUCUGAAAAAGCGUCCCCUGGAUGUCACAGACUCGGCAUGCAGCAGCGCCCCGGGCUCGGCACCCAGCUCGCCCAACAACAGCUCCGGGAACGUGAGCACGGAGAACGGGAUCGCGCCCGCCGUCCCCAGCAUCCCGGCCGAGACCAGCUUGGCGCACAGACUUGUGACUCGGGAAGGCUCCGUGGCUCCGCUUCCCCUCUACACAUCACCGUCCUUGCCCAACAUCACCCUGGGACUUCCUGCCACUGGCCCUUCCGCUGGGGCAGCAGGCCAGCAGGAAGCUGAGCGACUCGCUCUCCCAGCCCUCCAACAGCGGAUCUCCCUCUUUCCCGGCACCCACCUCACACCAUACCUGAGCACAGCGCCCCUGGAGCGGGACGGCGCGGCGGCUCACAACCCCCUCCUGCAGCACAUGGUCUUACUGGAGCAGCCGCCUGCACAGACGCCCCUCGUCACAGACUGGUAUCUUUCAGGCCUGGGAGCACUGCCCCUGCACGCGCAGUCUCUGGUUGGUGCGGACCGGGUGUCCCCGUCCAUCCACAAGCUGCGGCAGCACCGCCCGCUGGGGCGCACGCAGUCGGCCCCACUGCCCCAGAACGCGCAGGCCCUGCAGCACCUGGUGAUCCAGCAGCAGCAUCAGCAGUUCCUGGAGAAGCACAAGCAGCAGUUCCAGCAGCAGCAGCUGCACAUGAACAAGAUUAUCCCCAAGCCCAGCGAGCCGGCCCGGCAGCCCGAGAGCCACCCUGAGGAGACGGAGGAGGAGCUCCGCGAGCACCAGGCCCUCCUGGAGGAGCCCUACCGGGACCGGCUCUCCGGGCAGAAGGAGGCGCACGCACUGACCGGAGUGCAGGUGAAGCAGGAGCCCAUCGAGAGUGACGAUGAGGAGGCCGAGCCCCCGCGGGAGGCGGAGCCGGGCCAGCACCAGCCUACGGAGCAGGAGCUGCUCUUCAGACAGCAAGCCCUCCUCCUGGAGCAGCAGCGCAUCCACCAGCUGAGGAACUACCAGGCGUCCAUGGAGGCCGCUGGCAUCCCCGUGUCCUUUGGCGGCCACCGGCCUCUGUCCCGGGCACAGUCGUCUCCAGCGUCUGCCACCUUCCCCAUGUCUGUGCAGGAGCCCCCCACCAAGCCGAGGUUCACCACAGGCCUGGUGUACGACACGCUGAUGCUGAAGCACCAGUGCACCUGCGGGAACACUAACAGCCACCCGGAGCACGCCGGGAGGAUCCAGAGCAUCUGGUCCCGGCUGCAGGAGACCGGCCUCCGAGGCAAAUGUGAGUGCAUCCGUGGACGGAAGGCCACCUUGGAGGAGCUGCAGACGGUGCAUUCAGAGGCGCACACCCUGCUCUACGGCACAAACCCCCUCAACAGGCAGAAACUGGACAGUAAGAAACUUCUAGGCUCACUCACUUCGGUGUUUGUCAGGCUGCCCUGUGGUGGUGUCGGGGUGGACAGCGACACCAUAUGGAACGAGGUGCACUCGUCAGGGGCAGCCCGCCUGGCCGUGGGCUGCGUGGUGGAGCUGGUCUUCAAGGUGGCCACGGGGGAGCUGAAGAAUGGCUUUGCCGUGGUCCGCCCCCCGGGACAUCACGCAGAAGAGAGCACACCCAUGGGGUUCUGCUACUUCAACUCUGUGGCCAUCGCAGCCAAGCUUCUCCAGCAAAGGCUGAACGUGAGCAAGACCCUCAUCGUGGACUGGGACGUGCACCACGGAAAUGGGACCCAGCAGGCAUUCUACAACGACCCAAAUGUCCUGUACAUCUCCCUACACCGCUACGACGACGGGAACUUCUUCCCGGGCAGCGGGGCGCCUGACGAGGUGGGCACAGGGCCGGGCGUGGGCUUCAACGUCAACAUGGCUUUCACCGGCGGCCUCGACCCCCCCAUGGGAGAUGCGGAGUACCUGGCGGCCUUCAGAACGGUGGUCAUGCCCAUCGCGAACGAGUUUGCCCCGGACGUGGUGCUGGUGUCAUCAGGCUUCGACGCUGUGGAGGGCCACCCCACGCCGCUCGGCGGCUACAACCUCUCAGCCAAAUGUUUCGGGUACCUGACGAAGCAGCUGAUGGGCUUGGCUGGCGGCCGGAUUAUUCUGGCCCUGGAGGGGGGCCACGACCUCACGGCCAUUUGCGACGCCUCGGAAGCAUGUGUUUCUGCUUUGCUGGGAAACGAGCUUGAUCCUCUCCCAGAAAAGGUUUUACAGCAGAGACCCAAUGCUAACGCUGUCCGGUCCAUGGAGAAGGUCAUUGAAAUCCACAGCCAGUACUGGCGCUCGCUGCGGCGGCCCUCCUCCACGGCGGGGCACUCGCUCGUCGAGGCCCAGAAGUGCGAGACCGAGGAAGCCGAGACCGUCACCGCCAUGGCCUCGCUGUCCGUGGGCGUGAAGCCGGCCGAGAAGAGACCCGACGAGGAGCCCAUGGAAGCGGAGCCGCCCCUGUAGCCCCCGACGCCGCGGCUCUUGUCUGUUUGUCUCUGUCUUGAAGCUCCGCCGAGAAAAGCUCCUGCUCCUCCGCGUCCUGCCGCGGCGUUCUCGAGAGCACCAGGCACGGCGGGCGGCCCGGAGGCCCCUGCUGCGCGGACCCGGGGCUCCCGGCGGGCGGCCCUCCAGGACCCCGGACAGACGCCGGGCCGAGCGACACGCGGACACGCGCGGAGCCGGGCGCGCGGCUCCCACGGGGCGGCCGGAGGGAGGCGGCUGCGGCGGCUCGUGGCGGGGCUGCCCGAUUUAGCUGACACGAGGAAAAGAAAACGAAAAUCAAAGAUCUAAUAAUACAAAACAAACUUGAUUAAAACUGGUGCUUAAAGUUUGGUUAUUACCCACGAUUCCACAGUCUCCGUGUAAACCACUCAUCUUGUAGGUCGUGUUUUUAAAGAGCAAGUUUCUACGGCUCCGGCCGCCUCCGACCCGGGCGCGGUGGGGGCAGAGCGCACGCGCGUUUAAGGAAGAAAAACUGGACAAAACAGAAAUGCGAGCCUGCAGGGCUGGCUUUGGUUUCGCAAAGCCUUCGGAAGAUGCGAGUUUGUGCCUUUUUUUUAAUUGCUCUGAUGGAUUUUUGUGGCUGGGGUUUCUGAAGUCUGAGGAACAAUGCCUUAAGAAAAAAUAAACAGCAGGAAUUGGUGGGACAGUGUCCUGUGGCUGGUGGGGCCUGACAGUGCCCUGCGAGGGGCAGGGGCUGCAGGGUGCUGGCCUGGCGCUCAGAGCGGGCGCAGGCCGCUGCCGGCUGCUCCAGGGGCUGCAGUCCUGCGGCCCUGCUUUUGCUUUAUUGCUGUUGAAGAAAAAUGGAGGUAGUUCCAAAAAAGUGGCAAAUACUGUUGGGAGUUUUGAAGUCCAACAAAUUUUAAAUGAAUCCAAAGUGUUCUUUUCUCGUCCAUCCUAUAACAAUUGAGCAUCUCCAUUUGGUCGUGAAGCAUGCCCUAGGCACACUUUCAGUGUUACGAUCGGAAUGCUUUUUAUUAAAAGCAAGUAGCAUGAAGUAUUGCUUAAAUUUUAGGUAUAAAUAAAUAUAUAUAUGUAUAAUAUAUAUUCCAAUGUAUUCCAAGCUAAGAAACUUGAUUCUUAUGAAAUCUUGAUAAAAUAUUUAUAAUGCAUUUAUAGAAAAAGUAUAUAUAUAUAAUAAAUGCAGAUUGUAAAGGUCCCUGGCGAAUGACUGACUUGUGAAUUAGAUACCAAGGUGCUCAUGGAAGGGAUCUAGUCUGGCACUCGUGUAUUUUUGAACUCCACAUCAGACAGCGUUCAGAUCACCAACACAUUCGCCACUGGGCAGCUACCCUGAGAGUUUGUAUUUCAUUCUGAUUAUUUUCUAACAGAACUCCUUCUCGCUCCAAGCCUCCAUGCACAUAUGUACCUAAUGAGUUUUUAUAGCAAAGAAUAUAAAUUUGCUGUUGAUUUUUGUAUGAAUUUUUCACGGAAAGAUCCCGAAUAAGCCUUGUUUUGUGAAUUUUACAUUUUUUCUCACCAUUUAGCAGUUUUCUGAAUGGUAAUACUGUCUAAACCUUUUUUCCUUUCUAAUUUCUUGCUUGUACAUUUUUUUUAACUUUUAAAGGUUUUUUUUUAUGAUUUUCAUUUUUGUUUCUUUUUGUACAGUGAGCAGUUUUCUGCAGCACACAGAACUGUGGCUGCAGAACUUAUUUUCAGAAAGUGAGCAUCAAAUGAGGAGAGGGGCCUGAGGUCUUUCGUGGUGGUACCGACCAUGUGUCUUUCCUGGUUCUGUCAUAGGAGCUGUAUCCAGAUGCGAAGGGGCUUUUGGCCCCUGCACAGCAGUAGCGUGAUGGGGGGGAGGUGUGUUCCCCUCCAUAGGGGAUGUGGGGGGAUCACGCAUGGCAGUGAGCUGGGUAACUUGCCCAGACACCACGGGCCAUCGGCAGUCCUAAAACUCAUGUUUAAACUUCUCUGACCAUGUGGUCAGGAUAGGAUUUUAGCUUCUGUUUUCCAAAGACCUUUUAAGCAUGUCAGCAAUGCAUGGGGCCAGAGUGGGGCCUGGCCCCCAUUCCUGGUUUUUCUGCUGCAGCCACAUGGCCCAGGCCCCUGGCUAGAAGCAGCAGGCCCUGGAUUUUAGAGGCUGCGGCUGCAGAGGCCCUCGCCGCCUGGCAAGCCUGCAGGGGCACACAGGUCCUGACCAGGGCAGCCAGUCUCGGCUCUUUUUCUCUUUGACGGUUACUGACCAUCACUUUUUACUGGUAACUUAUUUUCCAGCACUUGAAGCCACCAGUUUCAUUCCAAAGUGUGUAUCGAGCUCAGACUUAUGGGACGAAGUACAGGCCCAGCGUGCCCACAGGAGGGAACCCCAAGGCAGGUUUCUGAGAUUGGUGACGUUUACAGGGUAGCUUCUGAAAGAGACACUGACACAGCUGGACUUUUGACCCAAUACAUCCAAAUUCUUGGAUUGGCUUGGUCACCAGGAUGCUGUUGGUCAAAUCCAGGGCAGCCGUUUGAGAGCAGGGCAGAAAGGGCUCAGGAUGUGUUUGACCAUCUCCUCCUUCCUGGCCACUCUGAAGCCCGACUUGACGGGAGCCGGUGUGUGGGAGCAGUUCGAUCCUCCCCCGGCGUGAGCAGGGCGCUGGCGGGGCCCAGCGGCCGGCUCUUCUGGCCUCCUCGGGCUCCUCAGCACAGUCCGUGGGGACCCCUUGCCCCUGCCCUCUCUUGACCAGCCGUGGCUCUUGGGGAGGUAGACAUCAUCUCACGUUUUUUACAGAUGAUGCGAUAACGUGGACCUCUCGGUGGUCACGUUAUCAUUGUGGGCACUGACUUCCAACCCCAUUCAGCAGAGAUGGCUUCUACAGAGGGGCCCUGCCGGGGGAGCGUGUUUCGCUGUCAGCUCACUCCAGCUUCACAGACGUGCAGAGAGCGUGACCAUGUAGCCUUUUCUUUCCUUUGAAGACACACUCGGCCCUCUGCACGGCCAGACGUCCAGGGCGGACGCUGGAGGGCCUGCCCCAGGCUCCUCACGCCUCCCCUCUUGGCUCCCUGGACCUCUAGCCUUUUCCUCUCUUUGCAAAGGCCUUGGGGCCCUGACCGGGGAUCAGCAAGCGAGCACUUUAUGUCCCUUUGCGGGAAGCUCCACGACGCUGCCGGGACUCGUGGUGUCGCCCCUGCCCUCUUGGCUUUCCAGCUGCGCCACGACGCGCCCGAGCCCCACCAGCAGGCGGCCGUCCCGGGGCCGCACCCAACCGGCCGGGACUGGCAGCCCCUCCGGUUCCCAAGGGCCUCUUUGUCGAAGUGUUUCAGUUUUUCUUUACUUCUUUUGAAAGUCUGUUUCCAGAGGAAGGACCGUUUUGUAUUGGACACAAAAGUAGGUCUGAUUUUUGCAGCUCUAGCAAAGGAGUUUAUUGUUUUUAAUUUUUGAUCAGAACAUUCCUUCUUCCUGGUCACAGCCAUGUGCUCAUUCCAUUCUUCUUUUUGUAGACUUUUGGGCCCACGUGUUCUCUGGGCAUUGAUACAUAUAUAAAUAUAUAAAUAUAAAUAUAUAUGAAUAUAUUUUUUUAGGUUUCCUACAUCUGGAGGUUGCAUGGACUGUAACGGCCGCAUGUCUUUAUAUUGUAUACAGAUUUUGCACGCCAAACUCGGCAGCUUUGGGGAAGAAGAAAAAUGCCUUUCUGUUCUCUCAUGACAUCUGCAGAUACAAACGAUGGAAAUUUUUCUGUAAAACAAAACCUUGAAGGAGAGUUGGGGGGGAACGUUUGCGUCUUAUUGAACUUAUUCUUAAGAAAUUGUACUUUUUAUUGUAAGAAGAAUAAAAAGGACUACUUAAACAUUUGUCAUAUUAAGAAAAAAAGUUUAUCUAGCAUUUGCGACAUACCAAUAAUAGAGUUUAUUGUAUUUAUGUGGAAACAGUGUUUUCGGGAAACUGCGCAGAAUUCACAGUGAACUGCCUGUCUCUCUUCAGUUGAUUUGGAGGAAUUUUUUUGUUUCGGUUCUUUUUAUCUCCUUGCAUGGGGUGAGGCGCACUGUGCCCACCGGCCCCCGUGACCGCUUAUUCUGAUGGAGAACCGGGUGGGCCCUGGGAAGCCCCUUUUCCAUGUUGACUUUUUAAUUACUUUUAGAUGAUGUAUGGCUAAGAUUUCACUUUAAACUAAGCAGUCGUGAACUGUGUGAGCACUGUGGUUUAAAAUUAUACUUUGCAUCGAAAGGAAAGCAUUUCUUCCUUGUGAUGAAGCGGAGGCUGCUCCGAGCUCAGCUCCCUUUGUGUCUGACAUGAUUAAAAGUCUCCUGUCGAAAGAAAAGGAAAGCGGACAGUUUCUGUUUGUUUGCUUUUUUGAUGUGUGUGCUCCAUAACGGGGGCGCCAUUUUCCAAUGAUGAGAAAGACAAACUAUAUCUAUAAUAUAUAUAUAAGGGGGGCUGACCCUGUUCACCCAAGAGCUUACUACCGACGUGUUCUCGAAAACACGGUUGGAACGACAGCACAUCCCACCCAAUGCCUGUCCGCGCCCGCGUGGGGCCGCGCGGGGAGCCACGACUGUGUCCUCUGUAAUCUCAUCGGUUCUCUCUGACCGUCUGGACCUUCCAAGGGUUCGCUCUUUUGCUCAGUGGGGUUGCAGAUUUUGUUCUUGGUUUUCCCAUUCUUGUUCUGUUCCAUGUGGGUGGAUUUUCGCCGACCGCGGUGUCCCCCUCCGACGGCCGACUCUGUUCAGUUCCCCAGGAGUCCAGUAUUUUGUACCUCAUCCUUCAACUGUUACUCUUGUGGUGUAAAUAAAGACAGCAUUAAUUGCCCUCCUA